CCGGUACCUCCCUGCACAUCGAAACCUCCCCCCUCUUCUCUCCACCUCCACCACUUAUCUCUCCUCCCGUCACAAUGGCAGCUCGCAGCGCCGCACUCAAGAUCGACUGGGCCAAGGUUUCGACCUCUCUCGGCCUCCGCGGCCAGACCGCCGCCUCUCUGCAGUCUUUCAAGAAGCGUAACGACGAUGCCCGCCGCAAGGUCCAGGCCCUGUCCGAGCAGCCCCAGACUAUCGACUUCGCCCACUACCGCGGUAUCCUCAAGAACCAGGCCGUCAUUGACGAGAUCGAGAAGCACUUCAAGACCUUCAAGCCCGCCUCUUACGAUGUCAGCCGCCAGCUGAAGGCCAUCGAUGCCUUCGAGGCCCAGGCUGUCCAGAACGCCGAGCAGACCAAGGGCAAGAUUGAUGCCGAGCUUGUCAACCUCCAGAAGACCCUGGAGAACAUCGAGACCGCUCGUCCCUUCGAGGACCUCACCGUGGACGAGGUUGCCUCUGCCCAGCCCGAGAUCGACGAGAAGACCGCCUCCCUCGUGUCCAAGGGCAAGUGGAUGCCGCCCGGCUACAAGGAGCGCUUCGGCGAUCUGUCCGCCGUUUAAACGGUGGGACCAUUUCCCUCCUAUAUCCCUUGUUAUCCCCCGUGUCAUUACACCGCAAGAUGUAUUUUUUCAAUGUCAAGCAUAUGGCGCUUUUGCCAGGGUACGGUUAGAAACCUCCCAUCGUUGGCGUGGUGGGGCGGAUGGGAUGUGUAUAGAAACAA